UAUGUACCAGGAAGAAUAAAAGGACUAUCUUGCUUACCCUCAGAGUUUACAGGAAGUAAAACAAAUCUUGGGAGUGUUUCAAGGCUGUUUUAGAGCAGGUGCUUUGUGCGAUAGAAAAUGUUAUUUUAUGUGUAUGUUUUAAUGAUAUAGCCCCGAGUGCCGUUGAAUUUAUGAACCACAGUAGAAACUCCAAUGCAAUAACUGUUAGCUGGCCUUCAGCUAGAAGUCUUCUGGAUGGAUACAUUAUUUCAAUAUCCAGCGAAACCUUAAUGAAAGAGGAAAUCCUGCCUUCCACACAAAGGACCUUCACAUUUAAUAGCUUGUCUUCAGGGACUGACUUUUUAAUUAGCAUAAUAACUACCAAGGGACUGAAGAGAAGCCAUCCUACUGUCCUCAUGAUUAGCACUUAUCCAGACCCACCAUCAGAUUUGAUGAUUUUGGGGCAAGAAGAAAACACAAUGUAUUUGUCUUGGAAACUUCCACAAGGAGGCUUUGAAAAGUUUCAGAGGUAGAUGUGUGCACACAUAGUACAAGGAAGGGAAUAAAGGGACAAUGGUGCUGGAGAGUAAUGCUUCUGUGACAGCACUGGC